ACGCCCCCCGCCGCCCCCGUGGGAAUGGCCAGGCCCGUCAGGGAGGGUUGUCCCGCCCCGAGGGUGUUGGCCCCGUCCAGCAGCGUGACCUCCCGCCCUGCCCCUGCCCUGCCCUGCCCUGGGCUUGCCGGGGUGUGCUGGGGCUGCUCGGGGCACGCCAGGGCUUGUCAGUGUGUGUCAGGGCUGCAGACAGGCUUCCUCACAGCCUGGUUCAGUAGGGUCGUGCCCGGCACUGACUCAAGACUCCUGAGGUGGUUGACACUUCCUCAGGAGUGUUUUACCAAAUGCCAGCUGGCUGUCAAAUCCAAUAUGGCAGCCAAAAUGCCCCAGGAGGCUCUGUACUCCUGCGAGGUGUGCGGGCUGGAGGGCCUGGCCGACGAGGACCUCCGCUCCCACAUGGUGCUGGUGCACCUGCCUGGCACCACCGCCUGCCCCUUCUGCGACCUGGAGGACAUCACGGCCCCGGAGAUGGUGUACCAUGUGAACUCGGCCCACCUGGAUUACCUCAGCCCGCAGGACGAAGACCUGGACGAUGAUGAACUGCUGCUGGUAACCAACGGCUAUGGGGAGCUGCCUGAGCGGACUGUCCCACUCCAGGACAGCCUUGACAACCGUCGCGUGCCGCUCAUCACCGUCGACGACGAUGAAACCGAGGGUUACAAUGCCAACCUGAGCCCCGCUCACGGCAAGGGCGGGGGCAGUCGUGGCUCACCCUCCCGCGCCCAGCUCUCCCUCAACCUCAACCAGCAGGGCCACCAGGAAGCCGCCGUCAGGGCAAGCCCAGGUGGUGUGCCGUCCUGCCCCAUCUGUGGCCUGCAGGAGACGUCGCCACGGAGGCUGGAGGAGCACGUCAACAGGGCACACUUUGAUCUCACGUCACCCUCCUUCCCCGCCGUGACAGUGCGCCAGGAGGUGGUGCUCACCUGUCCGCUCUGCAUGAAGCAGUUUGAGUCCACCCCAGACCUGGAGCUGCACGUCAACAUCCAGCACAAGGACAUCCUCAGCCCGGCCAAGUCUGAGGUGUGCUCGCCAGAGGAUCAAGUGUUGGAAGAGGACGAGGAGGAGGACGUCGGCUCCUGUCCGGUCUGCAGCAGGAUGGGCUUCACCACUCAGGGGGAUCUGGCGGCCCACAUUGACACUCACUUCACACGCACGCCCUCCAUCGUAACUCCAGAUGAGGGUGGAUGGGAGAGGCGACUCGUAACCGAACUGGAAAAGCAGGAGAAGGAGGUCCAGCGCAUGAGAGAACAGCAGGAGUUUUCUCUGCUUAGGGCACAGUAUGGGAUGGACAACGAGGGUAACUUCUCCCAGCAAAGCCUGAGCAACAUGCAGCGAGCCGUGUACGCCGGGGAGAUGACGGUGGCGGACUACUACGAGCGGCAGAUUGAGCUCAAGAUCGCCGAGAAGAAUGGGGUGGAUGACGGACGCUCGUGUACCAAAGGGCUUCUCGGACCCAUACGUGUGGUAAGUGAGGCCACCAACAACGUGAAGGCUACCUACCUCUGCACCACCGUGGACCACUAUGGCUCCACGUACGGCGACCGAGGCUGGGGCUGCGGCUACAGGAACAUCCAGAUGCUGCUGAGCUCCCUGCAGCACCACACAGGCUACUACUCCCGCCUCUUCUCAGGGCCAAACAUGAUGCCUUCCAUCUCGCAGAUCCAGAAGCUCAUUGAACAGGCCUGGCGGAACGGCUUUGAUCUCCAGGGCUGUGAGCAGCUUGGGGGGAAGCUGUCCAACACUCGCAAGUGGAUUGGUGCCACGGAGGUUGUCACACUCCUCUCCUCCUUCAGGAUAAAGUGCCAGCUGGUCGACUGCCACCGACCGACAGGCUCAGACGGCACCCACCCUGAACUGUUCCGAUGGUGCCUUGACUACUUUUCCAGUCAGGUCGAGUUCAAGCCUCCGAUCUACCUCCAGCACCAAGGUCACAGCCGCACUGUCAUCGGCGUUGAGCAGCUGGGGGGCAGUGAGGGGGGCAUACGGCUGCUGGUGCUGGACCCCUCUCAUUCCCCGACCCAGGUCUCCCAGCUCCUGCACACACAGACGGCGCCCUCAGCUCUCAGGCUCCUGCGUAAGCCUCUGUCCAGCAUGAGAGCCAAGCAGUAUCAGAUGGUGGUGGUUGCCGGACUCAUGCAAUCAGAGAAUGAAUAUAAGCAAAGCAAGACUAUUCAAGGUUCAACCCGCUUACCCAAGGACUGAAGUUAAGCUUGGCCGCUAGCACCCCAAGCCAAGAAGCCCUUCAACGUGAUAUUCAUACCUUAUAUUACCUGAGGGAGGAGGAGCAGGAGGGGGCAGGAGCAGGAGGAGGAGGAGUGGACAAGAGGACGCUCACUGCCACUCAAAACAAGUCACAUGUGAUAUGCUGCCACUAGUGUUUUGUAAUCAUUUGUUUGCCUGUAGCUGCCUUGGAUACUGGGUGUGGGAGGUCUGGGGUUCAUGUGUCCUGCGGUGAAGGGUGUCAGGGUGCAGUCUUGGGGAGGUAUUGACUGCGUGUAUGUGAGUGUGUGAGUGGGAGUGCCUGGGAGUGGGAGGUCUGGGGUUCAUGUGUCCUGUGGUGAAGGGUGUCAGGGUGCAGUCUUGGGGAGGUACUGAGUAUGUGAAUGUGUGAGUGCCUGGGUGUGGGAGGUCUAGGGUGUCUGGGUACUGAUGUUAGUGUGUGUGUGUGUUUUGACUGUUGGAAAUGGGAAAAGGAACUGCAUUAAAUGGUGGAAUGAGUGUGAGUGUGUAUAUAUGCAGAGGGAAUGAAGAACAGGAUUUUUAGGCAGUUAAAAGUGUGUGUUUGGAUAGUUACUGAGUGUGUAUGUCUGGGCAAUAGGAAAUGUGUGUUGUGUUUUAUUGUGUGCAGUGGGAAAGGGGAGAAUCAACUUUAGUGAAGGGUGUGUGUGUGUGUGUAUAUGUGCUUUGGAGUGCAGAGGGCAGCAGAGGACACACACCCUAUUCUCAUAGACUAGUUGGAUAUCUGUGAUGGCGGGACCAGAGAUAUAGAAGCCUUGUGAGGAGUCAGUAUAUUAGGAAUUUGUUUACUGUGAUGGUGUGCAAGAGGAGAGCGUGAGGUGUAUAUGUCGGGGGGGAGUUAAAAGUACUCUGGAGGGGAGAGGAAAAUAGAUACAUAAUAAUAAUCAAAGGAAAGGGAGGAAUAUGUAACACUGUAGGUUUAUCCUCCUGUUCCCAGUUUGUUAGUGGUGGUGCGAAGGUGAUUGGUAUGACAUGAACGCUUGGAAUGACAAGACAUCAGACAGCCGGAAGACCCAAGCCACACCCAGAUGUCACAGUGGCCAGUGAGUGAAUCAGACAAGCAUGGAAGAGCUGUGGAGUGCAGGGCUGUCAUACACAAGGCAGUGAUGACGUAAAUCACAUUAUAUAGGUGGGAAAGUGGUUUGUUGUGUAAUACUCUAAGCUAAGGUUUAUGACCUCAACUGAUCCAUCCAGACUCAUAUUUAGCUAUCUUGCAUGUGGGUCCCCACACAGGUGCCUUUCUGGUCUACAAGAAACCCGAGUGAGGGAGAGGGAGAGAGAGACUGGCCGUCUUGUGCUUUUAUGAACCUGCCUGGCUUUUAUAAAUAAGUGUAAAUUUCAAGAGCAUCGAAUUUGGCACAUGUAUAUCCUGAGUGCCCCUAAGAUCAUAACCAAAUGCCUCUUGUAUUGAGUCACCACCAGUACACAAUAAUGACCUCAGAGUGGUUUAUGCUUUGUCUAAUCUGUGUGUAUUCUCUGUCACAUCAUCAUCAUACAGUGCACUAAAUGAUGAGAGCCUUCUGCUUCUGGUGUAAGAAAUAGUGUAGCAUUUUGAUGCCGCAUUUUGUAUUGACAGAAAGGAGAGUCGAAAAGGGUCUUGUGAUUGUUUUCCUGAGUGGUCUGGGCCAGAGGAGUCAAGGGAUGCCCGAUACUCAAUUUCGCCCUUCAGUAAAACGGGAGUUAUCCCUUUUAGGCUGCAUUUACACCAAGUGAAUCGAAUUGGUUCCAUUCAUGAAGAAUCAUUUGACUCGAGGCAUUUUGAAUCAGCAUGGUUCCAACUGACUGAGUCUGAGUCAACAUCCAAAAGGCGGUACCAAGUCAGGCUUUCACUUGUAUAGACGUAUACGCUGUCACUGAAAUAGCAGCGUUGCUGUGACUGAGGCAGCGUAGGCAUAGGUGUCAGCAAUGAAUAUGGGUGCAUGAAAUUAAUGUUAAAAGAGCUGAAUUUGGGAGCUUUGGACAUCUGUUCCCAGAUUUGGUGAAUAAUCCAGAGAAAUUUUAUGACUUCUUUAGGAUGACUAAAGAACAAUUUAAAUGUUGGUGGAGUUGACUGGAUCCUCCACAAGAAAGCAGAAUACCAAUUACCGACGUGCAGUUAUGUCACACAUUUCAUACGUAGACCACACGCCGUACAGUUGCCAGAUGAGAAUAUCUAGCCAUAUCCAUAGCGUUUUGAGUCGUCAUUUGUUUAAAAAAGAUGCUGUGUAAUGUUGUCUAGUAAAUCAUAGGGCGCGGCAAUUCCUUCUGUGGUUCAGUAGCCUACAGUAGUUCUACUGUGGUAAGUGAAUAAAAACUGUUCACUUACCUUUGCAUUUCAUAUCAGUAGUAACAUCCUUCCAUAAAGCAGCAAUGGCAUCCCAAUUUCGGUGCAUAGGAUCACUGAGAUCGCACGUCGUUCUCGUAUUAAAUUGAUCAGGACACCCGCUAGCAUGGUGCUUACUCCUCGGGUGACUCACCUUGACAUGAAAAAAUGGAACCAAACCAAUCAGUGACUGAAUCACCAUGAAUCGUAAUGAUUUGAAUUGACUCGAUUCGCUUGGUGUAAAUGGUUAAAUUGAAAUUAAUUGAAUUGAAUUGAAAUGUUAAUCGAUUCGAUUCACUUGGUGUAAUCAUACCCUUAGUUACAUAGUAUGACAAAUAAUGAUAUGCAGUGGAAGAUCAGAGACAUGUAACCUGAUCUCUGGCUUGGUUUGAGAUACAGAACCAUAAUAUCUUAAAAAUUUUGUUCACAGUAGCAUGAUGUAGAAACAAGCAAUACUUUUGUGUGCAGCAAACAAAUGCAUUGCUAGCAAGAUUGGAACUUAACCAGUUCCUCAUUCUCUCUCCCCCAUCUUGGGAUCUCUAGACCUGUUGGCCAGUGUCAGGGCCUCACACACACUACUACUUAGAAUCUCAUAGAGGACUUUUGCACUCAACAAAUUUGCCUCUUCUGUUGUCUUGUACUUACUGUUUAGUUGCCCGAAGAGGACAUAUCAGCUGCUUCCCGUCUGUACGUUGGUGAGGUCAAGGGCUGUAAGGUUGUAAAGUUGGUCGCUCGAGGGGGUCCUGGAGGCUUGUGGUGCUGCCCUCAUUGGUAGCACCGGCAGCGGCCUCCAGUGUCGGUUCCAUGUGUCUGGCGCGCUGAGGUCUGCCUGUAUCCUUUGGUUCAUGUGUCAGAGAGCAGAAGUGCCUGGGAAGAAUUGUUUGUGUGCUGAGAGAGAGAGAGAGAGAGAGAGAGAUUGCCUUCAUUCAUAUGCCUCAUGGUUAUGUAGUCAGUGGUCCAAGCCGCUGAGAACUUAGAUUCAUAACCAUUUCCGCAAAAACGAUAAAUCCACCAGCAAAAAGAAUGCGAAUAAAUAUAAAUUAUUUUCAAGAACAAACUCAAAAGAUUUAAGUUAAACCCUUUGAGAUGCUAAAUAGAUAAGGAGUUAUUUCUCAACCCACAAAUUGGUGAUUGUGAAGAGACAGUGGGAAGAGAAUACAUUAAGCUACUUAUAUAAUGAUCAAAGUUGAAGCCUUUUUAAGAAGAUAUUAAAUAGGUGUUAUUUCUCACCCACAAAUUGACAGCGAUGAAAAGGUUGUGGGAAGAUAAUGUAUAUAAACCCACUUAGUUGAUGAUCUGAGUUGAAGCCUUUUUGAGAAGGUAUUAAAUAGGAGUUAUUUUUCGCCCACAAAUUGAUAGCGAUGAAAAGGUUAUGAGAAGAUAAUCUAUAUGAACCCACUCCAAGUUGAAGCCUUUUUAAGGGGAUAAUAAAUAGGUUAAACGUUAUUUCUCAUCCAUAAAUUGGUAGAGAUGCAAAGGUUAUGAGCAGUGAAUACAUGAGGCUAGUUAAUGAUCAAAUUGAAGCCUAUUUGAGGAGUUAUUUCUCACCCUCAAAUUCGUAGGUUUUGGGAAGUGAACCAACAUGAAACUACUUAUUUAACAAUACAAAUGAAACCCUGUAAUGAGAUGAUAAUUAGGUUAGGAUUUAUUUCUUAUCUGCGACUCAUAAUAGUGAAUAGGAUGUGGGAAGAGAAUCAACAUGAGCCUUCUUAGUUGAUGUCGAGAUUAGCUUCUUUCCAUCACCCGAGACUAGAGGAUAAGUAAGGGACCUAACGAUGACAAUGAGUACGUGUUAACAGCUGUAAAUAUGAAGCAAGAAUUUUACCCGUACGUAAGUGCGUACGUUGUUGCUCGCAUGUGUGUGUGUGUGUUUGUGUGUUUGUUUUAAGAACCACACAAGGGACGAGGGAAAAAAAUAGAAAAAAGUCGUGGAUUUAGUCGUUAUUUCAUUCUUAUGUUGGUUCAAGCCUUGUGUACAGUGUUGCGGUGUGCGUGUAUGUGUGUAUGUGUGUGUUGGGACUCCUCCAGUGUGUGUUAUUGUUAUUGUUGUUAGUUUAGAGGUAAAGGGCUUUCACAAUGGUCCCAAGUCUUCAACAACAGGGCUUACUUCUCCUUAGUACACACACACACACACACACACACACACACACACACUAAUCAUGUCUGGUAGUCUGUCAAUCAUGCAUAUCAAUCAGUUUCUGUUAAUGAUAAUUUAAUCUUGUGAAUCGCUAGAUUAUUUCCACAGAGGACAAGUAGACCUGUAGUAAUCAAACUGAAUGACCGGUUCCCUAGAGUCAAGGAAUAUUAAGUCUCGUAGCCGUAGCACUUACUCCUAGAGGCUGGCAUUCAGUUGAUAUUUUGGUAAUUAUAUUGUACUUAGUUUUUGAGAGCAGUGCCAGUAGUUUUAAUGAUGACAUACCAAAGAUUUUAAUUUUUAAGAUGCUAUUAUAAGUUUUGGAGGGUUGAUCUCCAGUACUUUGAUUUUGUGAAGUAUAGUGAAGUAUUUUGUGAAGUAUAUUUAUUUUAGAUUUAAAUAAUUUUCAAUUUAAAGGUAAUUUUAAGUUACUAUUUAUUCUAUUAUUCUGAAACUUCUUUUGAGCAUCAAUGUGUGAAUGUAUCAUUACAUUCCAUCUCCGGAUGGAUGAGCCACACAGGCCACCACCACUCACCACUGCCCAAGGUCUCUACACACAAGCACACCUUUUGAGGGACUAUUAGAGCAUUAGGUCAUAAAAUUUUUCUCCUCAAAUUGGACAUUCCUGAAGUUUAAAGGUCCACAGGCAGUACUUGUAUGUAGCUGUCUUGGCACAAGGGUGGUGUGGGUGAGGGAGGGCAACAUGUACUUGUAGAUGCACAGAUUGUUUACUGUUGACCACUGGGAGGACUCAAAAAUUGUUCUGCUUGAUGAAGGACAUUCUCCUGGUCCAUGUGUCACUGCAGCAAGGGACGGCUGGUGUCCUGGUGUGAGCCAGGGGCACAGUCCUCGCCUCCGUGAGCCACAUGCCUCGUGCCACACAGAAAUGGGCACCAAAUGUGAAAACUUGUGUUGUUAACUCAACACUUCUCUUUUCAUUUACAGUUUUGUACAUUGUUUUUUCUUGCUGCUCAUUUCCAUCAGUCAGCUGCUGUCAGUGGCUCCCUGUUGUAUGCCUUGAUAAAUAUAGGAAACAAGUAUCUUCAAAAGAUAUUUGUAUUAAUUUGUUCUGUGUAUACUAAAAAGAAUUGUAAAUCUCUCAUCUUGGGUCUUUAAUGUUUUAGCCUGGGCAGUUUCUAUGCUGAAAAGUAAAAUGGCGAUGAAUUAUCUUGGUAGCUUUAAGUGCAGCUCAUUGGAUCAGAUACAACAUGAAUCUGAUUAUGUUUGUAUAAAUUGACAAGUUCCCAAAAGCCCAAACCUGAGAUGAGGACCCUUCAAGUACUCUGUUUGGGUGAGGUGAAGAGGAGGAAGAGGAGCAACCUGUAGGUGGAGCAAAGAGGAGGAGGGGUAGGUGCUGUGUUGUGACGAAGAGGACUUGUUGCCUUGCUGGGGGUGGGGGGGUGGGGGAGGGAGUUAGGGGAAGCGAGGCCUUCAUAGCUUGUAUGAUUUUGCUCUUCUGUUUGAACAAAAGUAAUGCAACUUCACUUUAUCAAGAAUCAAAAUCCAAAAGGGAGGGGAAGGGAGCCUGGGAGUGAGGUGUGCGUGUUGGUUAGUUUAUCACCAUGUCGUUACGCUGGAUAUUUUUCAAGGCGUCUUGUGAUUUCAUACUCAGCAUUGCCUUAGAUUAAGAGAUGAUACCUACUUUACCCUCGGUGUGUUCCUUCAGUACCCGAUUGUUCAAAGGUUUGUCAUUCGGAGAGUCUCUUCCAUCUAUGUUACGUAAUGAAUGAUAGUGCUCGUGUGGAUGAUGGUGAAUAUUUGCCUUUGAUAACACAGUGUUUGCCAGCCCAUCUGCACAGGACUUCCUUAAUCAAUGCUGUGAAAGAAAACGCCAAAGGAAUGUUUAAGGGGGGUUGUACUUCUGCCGGACUAAUCAUGAUCUUUACUGAAACUCACAGGCGAGGCAUGAUUUUUUUUUGUUUCUGCAAGUAAUUACUGAUGGUUUAUGUCACCAGCUCAACAGGCAUAAGUGAAGGCAAGUUAGCUGUUAUAUUCCACCAUUUCCAAGUACAAUAAGUAUAUUAAUCACACAUGAUAAUAUGUUCUUCGUGUGUAUGACCUGUAAAUUGACCGCAAAAAUAGAUUCGCCUUAUGCAUGUGUGUAAAUUGUAAGACUUUCCAAGGGAAGGAUUUCGUCAAAUUUGUGAAUGCUCCAAUUACGUGAAAUGAAAAUGAUUAACCUGUGAUUGUGACGUGAUUCACUUGGCGGUGCACAUGACCUGCACGACCCAUGAGCUUUGUGUGAAGGGUGACUCUGCAUUAGGUCAUGACAGGUCAGCUUGGUGACUGUGCGACAUCCUGAACACUAUCGCCAAAAUUGUUAAACAUCGUAUUAGGUUUUAUCAACAGCUGUGUGGCUAGUUUGGCUUUUAAUAACAUUUUUUGGGACAUUUAGUUAGAGAUGUUGGAUUCUCAGAUAGUUAAGUCGACACAUUACAAACUUAGUCAUGAAAUGUGAUAUAAACCAUUCAACAAGACCAACUAACUACGCCUUGAAAAGCUAGUCAUAAAAACCAUCUGAGCCACAUUACUGUUGAUGGAGACUAAGCUCCUUAUUCUUAAACGUAUCCGUCUCGCAUUACGACUAUAUCCCAAGGCCACAGAGAAGAGUAACCGGGUUUUCAUGGGUGAUUUUCUUCCGUUCAAGAUGCAGAAGCUGUGUAAAACUAUCACUGGCAUCACAAAACAGUCCAUGAAAAUCCCAGCAACUUCUAUGAGGGGCUUUUAAAACAGGGGAACUGAGGCUCCAAUAUGUUUAAAAAUGUGGGCGUAAAAUGAGGUUUACAAAAUGAUGUGUAGUAUAUGAGUUGUCUGCCUGUGAGUCUGAACAAGGCCAUAUUCUUAAACAUUUUGUCGGCCAAGCACACAUAUUUGACAGGGCUUUCGUAGGAGUUGUGGGCUUAUCCAUGGGGCGUUUUAUGACCCUGGUGGUAGUUUGCCCCUCCUUUUGUAUCAUGAACCUAAAAAAACACUCACAAGAAUCCGACUGAUCUCCUUUUUGGCCUUUGGAAAUAAUUGAUGAGAGGUGGAAGUGUCUAAGAAUGCCAGCCUGUGUAGGUCGGUAUUAUAAGACACAUUUGCUUCUCACAUCAGCUAUUUCUAAAGGUCAAAGAGGGGAUCAUUCAGGUUCUAAUGAGUGUUUCUUUAGGUUCAUGGUACAGUAGAAGGGUCAAACUACCACCAGGGUCAUAAAACUACUUCUGGAAAUGCCCCAAAUCCCUAUAGAAAGCCUUGUCAAAUAUGUGAACUUUGGCGACGAAAUGUUUAGUAAUACGGCCUUAUAGUGUGUCAUCUCGGCACACAUCACCGACAUGAAGUCUGAGGUAUGACAAUGUUGCUCAUCAGUUCCUCUCAUACUGAUUGCACUGAAACAUUGAUUUGAAGUUAAAUAUAAAUUAUCGUUAUUAA